AUGCCAGACGUGAAGCCCCGCCCACCAUGUGACGACCCAUCCGGCUGCUCCUCCGCCGCUGCCGGCUCCCCCGCCGGCCACGCCUCCCUCCGGCUGCGCCCCCCCGCCCCCCCUUACUGCCCCGCCUACCCGGGAGCGGCCCUCCCGCUCACGGCUCGGUGCAGCAGCAGCACCCUGCUCACCACCCUGGGUCUGAGGUACUGCUCCGGCCGGCAGGGCCCGGAGGGGGGCGGGGCCGGGGGCGGGGCCGGCGCCCGACUCCCCCGUCCACCCGGGAAGCGGCGGCCGACCGUACAGGAGAGCCUGGACAGCGAGCUGAUUCUGCGCUACGCCUGCUCCACCCACUGGUACGACGGGCCGCCGGACGGGGGCCACGGGCUGCUCCCCAACCCGGAGAGCCUGGCUUUCUACCCCCGACACGGCCCGCCCCGGAAGGACCUGCCGCUCCUCCCCCAGCUGCUCUUUCCAGCUGCUGUCGACGAAUGGGACGCCAGGAGGGGCCUGAGGGAGAAGCUCCGCCUCCAGAGUGCCAGGUCCGCCGUGGAGCCCCUGAAGCCCCUCCCACUGCGGCCCCAGGUGACCCCGGGGUCCGGGCCGCGAAUCACCAGCCACCACGAUCUCAAACAGGAAGUCCUGCGGCGGCUGCAGCUCCGGCGGCAGAACAGCAGCCCCAACCUGGCGGCGGAAAACCCCCCAGGCCCCCCCCGGCCCCUCCCCUCGUCCUACACCACUGACAGCAUCGCCAGUCCCAGGGGCGGGGCGGGGGCGGGGCUGGGGGCGGCGCCAGCGCGCCGCAGGCCGCCCGUGGGGCGCCUGCAUAUCCCCACCUUCGAGGAGUUCAAGAAGAUGAGGCAGAGGGAGGGGCCACAGGGGGAGGGGCCACAAGGGGAGGGGCCACAGGGGGAGGGCAGCGACGAGGGUCUGCAGACGCUCGCCUCCGACAAGCUGUCCUCCAACAACAGCACCGUGAGUCCCUCGUCCUCCUGCGCCUCCGGCACCGGCACCGACUCUCCCAUCCGCACCGGCCCGUCGCCGCGCUCGCCGCUGCAGCCGCAGGCCGGAGGGGGCGGGGCCGGGGGCGGGGCCGGGGGCGGCAGGCGGAGGCGCGGCAGCCUGGAGCCCCCCGGCUCGGCCCCCUUCCCGCCCUGCAGGCAGAACCCGGACCGGUCCAGCUGCUGCCCGGCGCUGCUGCUGGACGGAACCGACCUGUCCAGCUACGGCGCCAAGAUCUACCGCAUGAGGGACGGCCUGAUCGGCUCGGCGCUGGACCUCAUCAAGAAGAGCUGCAGUGCAGAGAUCUCCGAGGCCCCCGUCAGGCUGUCACGUGACCGGCACAGCGGCUGUGACGUCACCUCCCCCUCUCCCGACUGUCAUCCCUCCGCCGUUGCCAUGGCAACGUCGGCAACGGCCUGCGGAGCGGAGGCUGGCGACGAGGAGCCUGCUGGAGGAAGAGGAGGAAGAGGAGGAAGAGGAGGAGAGGACGCGGGAGAAUGCCUCGCCGGCCCGGCCUGCCGGCGCUCCAGCCUGGACGCGGCGCUGGAGCCGGCUGAUUCGCUGAGAGCGCAGCGCGAGGUCCGCCUGCGGCCGCACUACAGCGACCCCAUGCCGGCCGACGCCUCCAAACGCAAACAGCUGGAGAUGAAGAUCGCCGCCGCCGCCCGGAUCCACAGCCACCGCCGGGAACGGGACCGGGACCGGGACCGAGUCCGGGACCGGGACAGUGCGCCGGCGGCGCUCCGCGGCCGCUCGGAGCCCCCCAGCGAGGAGCGGCCCGGCGAGGAGCGGCCCGGCGCGUCCCGGUCCGGCCGGCACCGCUGGAGCACCAUCAGCAGCCUGAGCGCCGACAGCGGCGUGGUGGGGCUGAGCGACGAGCGCGAGGAGGAGGACGGCGAGCCGCGCCGCCACCGGAGGGGCCGCGGCGCCGAGGUGGAGCGGGCGGACAGCGGCAUCGGGCCGGGCCUGUCCCGGUCCUGGAAGAGGCCGUCCGCCUGGGACGCCCACCGGCCCGGUCCCGACUGCGGCUGCCGGGAGCGCGGCGAGCGCAUGUGCGAGCGCUGCUGCAAGCUGCGCACCGAGCGCAAGGAGGCCAUCCUGGAGUUCCUCAACACCGAGUCCAGCUACGGCGAGGACCUGCGCAUCAUCCGGGAGGAGUUCUACUGCCCCAUGCAGAGCGCCGCCCUGCUGACGGCCGAGCAGCUCGCCGUGGUGUUCGCCAACGUCCAGGAGCUCAUCGACGUCAACGAGCGCUUCACCGAGCACCUGCAGGACGGCGUGGACCAGGCCUUCGACCAGGGGGACGAGGAUCUGCUGACCGUCUACAUCGGCGAGAUCUUCCUGGAGUUCGUCAGCAUGCUGCCGGCCUUCCAGACGUACUGCCUGCAGCAGAGCAGCUCGGUCAACAUGCUCAACGCCCUGGAGAAGGAGAAGGAGCUGCUCAGGAUCUUCCUGGACGUUUCCCAGAACGACAACACGGCGCUGCGGCGGAUGAACCUGCGCUCCUUCCUCAUGGCGCCGCUCCAGCGCGUCACCAAGUACCCGCUGCUGCUGAGCCGCAUCAUCAAGGUCACGCCCGAGUCCCACCCCGACCACGGCCGCCUCCGCGAGGCCAAGAGCCGGGUGGAGUCCCACCUGGAGCACAUCAACAUGAAGACCAGGCAGGAGGGCAACGGGGUGGCCUGGUCGCUGCGCUCCUUCCGCCGCGACAGCCGCAAGAACCGCGAGGUCAUCAACAUCGAGAUGCGGGAGGUGUCCAUGAAGACGGUGGGCUGGGCGCGGGAGAACACCCGCUUCGUCAUGGAGGGGCCGCUGCAGCUGUCCCAGCCGGCCGACGGCCAGUGGCUCAAGAAGGGCAGCAAGGCCCUCAAGUUCCAGAACGUGCAGAGUCUGCUGAUGGUGCGGACGCGGCGGGCCGGCGAGGCGGCGGGGCAAGGCGGCGAGCCCGGGGCGCAGGGCGAGGGCGAGGGCGGGCCGGAGAGCGUCCGGGACGGAGUGCUGGUCCUCAUCAAGGACAAGAGCAGCGGCAAGCUGGCGGUGCUGAGGGAGCCCAUCCGGCUGGGGAACUGCGUGGUGUCCGCCGACCCCGACGCCGACGACACCUUCGAGGUGCUGGACAUCCGGCGGGAGGCCUUCGUCUUCCGCGCCUCCGACAAGUCCCGCACGCAGCAGUGGUUCCACCAGAUCAAGAGGUACGCCCGGGACCUGGGCACCUGGAGGAGGCGGCGCAACGCCCUGCCCAACAUCAUGAUCAACACCAACCAGACGCGCUCCUGA